UUUCCGAAGUCCGAUUAUUAAAAGAAAUGGAGAAAGUUGGCGAAAAUUCCUCUGAUAACCUAAUAAUUUGCGGUGAUAGUUUAAAUGCUCUGACUAGUUUAACCAAAAUUCCUGAAUAUCAAAAAAAGUAUGUCAAUAAAGUCAAGUUGAUUUAUAUUGACCCGCCUUUUAAUACCGGACAAAUGUUUGCCAAUUAUGAUGACCAAUUAGAGCAUUCAGUUUGGUUAACUAUGAUGCGAGAUAGAGUGCUAAAAGCCUAUGAAUUAUUAAGUGAUGAUGUUGAUUUAAAAGGAUUUAAGCACAAAGAUGAAAAAGGUUAUUAUAAACUACGUUCUUUGAGGCAAGGAGCCAAUGCCAGUCUUCGUUCUGACCGCCCAACUAUGUAUUAUUCACUAGCCGCGCCUAAUGGUGAGGAAAUUUACCCUGAUAAAAACGGUGGUUAUAUGCCUUAUCGGCGACAAUAUGCUGAAAAAUCUGGUUCUUUUCCUUCUACAAAAGCUAAGGGAGAAAUUAAAAAAUUAUUUCCGGAAAUUGAGCCUUUUUCUACACCCAAACCAGAAAGGUUAUUAAAAAGAAUUAUCCAAAUUGCCACUAAUGAAGGCGAUAUUGUACUUGAUUAUUUUGCUGGUUCCGGCACAACGGCCGCAGUGGCUCAAAAAUUAAAGCUUCCACGGUUGAAAAAAGUUGCUUCGGGUGAGGAUAAAGGUGGAAUUAUGGAAAAGUCUAUGUUUGAUACUCAUUCCGGAAUAAUUUGUAUUGCCGAACAUGCUUUGAAUGGUAAAUUAGCGAAAUUAGUUGCUACUCAAUUAGAAUAUGACUAUCAGCCGGAAAACGAACAUUUUUGCGGCAAAAAAGGAGAUACUUUAUUAGCGGUAGUGGAUGGCAUGUUGACCGAGGGAUUGCUUAAUUUUUUGUUGAAUUCUCUGGAUGGAGAAAAGUUUUUAGAAAUUGCCGCUUUGGCGGUUGACCCAGAUUUGGAGAGUAAAAAUUAUAAUAAUGUUAAAGUUGGAAAAGUACCGAAUAAUAUUUUAAGGCAUUAUGCUAGGAUUUAA